UGCGUUCUGUACUUCAACAGCGCAGUCAAUGGGCUUCUUCUUUGUCCCAACAGUCAAACAACAACCUUAAAUAUUAUUGUGUGUGACGAACGGAUGUCCACGCUGCUGUGUUCGGGAUUUUAACUUACCUGGGCGCGUGAUAACAGCUGAAGUCCUACCGGCUCUGUGUGAGUGGGUGUUGGUGUGAGCGAAUAUUUGUGACCACCGGCUGUGAACUAAACAGACAUAAGGACAGCAAACCAAAGCAGUGUGGACAGUGAGGACAGACCGGCUCUGUCGGGACAAGCAACAGUGGUGAUGAGUCACGUGUUUGUUUGGUGGUACUGAAGCUUUAAAGUCACACAAGCCCAUGUAGGCUUCCGUACUUCCUCUCUCUCUCUCCUCCAGAGCCGCCGACGCCACUCGCACCUGUCCAACCAGAUGUGAGUUAGCCGCUGAAAAUGAAGACGGACGUCACUUACAACCAGCGCUGGCAGCUGGUGGACGUGGAGAGGAGGAGACGAGAGUCCGACAGGAAAGCACAAGAGUAUUCCAGGUGGAUGAUCGCUUUGGCCUCCGUGGCCACUGUGCUGCUGGCCGCCAUGGCCAUCUACAACCUCCUGACGCCGAGGGUUUCCUCCUCCCAUCCUGCCCAGAACACCAUCCUGGCCCGGACCGAGUCCUGCUCAGACCCCUGCAGGAUCGUUCUGGUGGAGAGCAUCCCCGAAGGGCUGGAGUUUAACUCCAGCGUCACUCACCCCUCCAUCUUCCAGGCUUGGCUCAACCUGAUGGCCGAGGCUCGCAGCAGCAUCGACAUCGCGUCUUUCUACUGGACGCUCACUAACAAAGACACGGGCACGCACGAGCCGACGGCCAAUCAGGGCGAGACCGUCCUGAAGACACUGGCUGAGCUGUCAGGGAAGUUAUCUGUUCGCAUCGCAGUCAACACACCACAGGAGAGCCAACCACAAGGCGACCUCAAGCUGCUCAACGACUCAGGAGCUGAUAUCAGGACAGUCAACAUGAGGGAGCUCACCUCAGGCGUCCUCCACACAAAGUUCUGGGUUGUAGACAAGAAGCACAUUUACAUUGGCAGUGCCAACAUGGACUGGAGGUCCCUCACACAGGUGAAGGAGUUGGGCACGGUGGUGUACAACUGCAGCUGCUUGGCUGCAGACCUGAGUAAGAUCUUUGAAGCCUAUUGGUUCGUGGGCGAGAGUCAGUCAGUCCCAUCACCUUGGCCCACCAGAUUCUCCACCCUCUACAACAAGGACACGCCCCUCCAGCUGCCACUCAACAACACGCCGUCCAGUGUCUACAUGUCGAGUUCCCCGCCGUCCUUUUGUGCAGCCGGACGGACUCCAGACCUUCAGUCCAUCCUCAGUGUGAUGGACGACGCCCAGAGCUUCAUCUACAUCGCAGUCAUGAACUACCUGCCCACCAUGGAGUUCUCACAUCCCAAAAGGUACUGGGCAGACAUCGACACCCAGCUGAGGCGUGUGGCGUACGAGAGGCGGGUCAAAGUGCGCCUGCUGAUCAGCUGCUGGGCCAGCACCCAGCCGGUCAUGUUUCCCUUCCUCAAGUCUCUGGCCUCUGUUUACGACCCCAAGAGCAAACUGGACAUCCAGGUGAGGCUGUUUGUGGUUCCUGCCAACCCCGAGCAGAAGGAGAUUCCCUUUGCUAGGGUUAACCACAACAAGUACAUGGUUACUGACAAGGUAGCCUACAUAGGUACUUCUAACUGGUCAGGUGACUACUUUGUGAGCACAGCUGGCUCAGCAUUGGUUGUCAAGCAGACGGCAUCACAGUCCUCAGAGCCAACCGUCCAAUCACAGCUGAAGGAAGUGUUCGAGAGGGACUGGAACUCCGACUACAGCAGUCCUCUGACCGAGUCCACAAACCUCAAAGACUUGUGUUCGUUUUAACAUCUGGUUUUCCAAAUGCCACUUCACUUUACAUCGGCUUACCACAAAUGGACACUUCUGUUCAGCAUGUUACGAUGCCACAGUUGCACAAUUAUUUCAACAUUCAAAUUGUCAUGGGUUUUGUCCUAGUCAGCUGAAAGUCAGCCACAGAUGGCCACUCGGCUGAGCGGAGAGUUUCCCGUUUGGCUGAGGUCCAAAGGAGCUCACAGUAACCGCGUCCUAGACCAGUCAUGUGCCAUCAAACCAGUGAGCUGCUGUUGAGGGUUCUCCAAAGGUGUCGGAUUUUUUCGUUAAAGCAAGAAUUACUUUGCAUCUUUUUGCUGUUUCUAUCCAGACAGAAAGUCCAACAACGUGUGAAAGUCGUACUAAAAUAAAACUAAGACUUGAGUCGAUCGGACCAGUGGAAACACAAAGGUCAUGUCACCAGCAGCGAGGAACCUCGAGCAGACAUGCAGUUAACUUGAUCAUGUGGUUUCUGUCGUGCAGAGCCAGUGGCAGUAGGGGGCGCUGUUUCGCCUUUCCACUCAGGUCGGUUUCCAGCUGCGGCUUUCCUGUUUUAAAGACCAGUCACACUGCACAACUUCAGCCUCAACGGGAGUCUUUUCAUCCCAGCUCGUCUCAGGGAGAAAACUUUGAGUGUUUUUAUUUUUUUCCAAAGUGAUUAUUUUAGCUUGCUGGAAUGUGAAGUGAUUUGUGCUCAAACUGGUGUGCUGCGCCUCUUCUGUACAAAAAGAGAUAUUUUUGAACUCUC